AUGAGAAAAUGUAUUCCAGUACAAGAACGGUUUGCAAUUGCUCUCAGAUUUUUAGCAACCGGAGAUAGUUACACAAGCCUUUCAUAUCUUUUCAAAGUAUCUAUCCAAACAGUUUCAAGUUGUGUCACGGACGUUUGUAAAGCAUUGAUAAAAGAACUAUCACAAGAAAUAAAAAGAAAGGAUUCCGCAGAACUUGGAAUUUUCCUCACUGCUUAG